UUUUAUUGAAGCGAGUUUCAAUUUGUCAGCUGCAAUUUACUGAGUUUUUUGUGCUUUUUUUCAACAGAUUUUUGGUUGAUUUGAAAAAAAAAAACGAGAAUAAUUAGAUCAAUGGCCGUGAAUGCUUGGAAUCGCAAGCCAAAUGUGGCACAGUAUUCGACACAGGAAGAAGUAUCUGCAGCUUUAAGGGGACAGGAUUGUUCGUCAAUCGAGUUCACUACGAACGAGGAUAUGGCGUGCCUGUCUCUACAUGGUCAUCAGCCACAAGAUGGUGAUGUGAACAGACUGGAGGAAUUGAUGAGCGAGGAACUGGCGAGAGAGUUGCAGAGGGAGGAGAACAUUAGAGCGGGACUCACUCCGGAUGCACAGAACUACUUCUACAUGCUACCACCAUCUGACAUGCCACCCAUUAACCAUGGAGCUCGGGGAGGGCAGUGUGCUGUUGGUGUAGAUGACGUCAUCAAGGGGCAUGGUGACGAGGAAGAUGUCUCUUCUGAUUGGCUGAUGGCGCAGAUGCUGCAGAGACAGUUGGAUGCAGAACACGACAAAAGCAUACAGAGAUACGAAAAGGCGAUGAACAGAAACAAUAAGAUUGCCAUCUCUUAUGACCAGUACAAGAUAGAUCCCAAGAAGUACGACUCCAGUGACUCGGACAGUAGUGACCCAGAAGCAGAAGAAGACUGGACUAAAUACUACAGGGCCGAAAGCGGUAAGAGCAACACACCAGCAGUGAAACGAGGAUUCGCUCGCAACAGUGAGGGAGUUUCGGUGACGAAACACGACGCCGAAUUGACGGGACGACGAAACGUCAGUCGAAUGGAGAACUUCGGGCCUACUUUCAAAAGCGGGGACGGAACUGGAAUGGAUUUGAAACUGUCGAAUAAAGUAUAUAAGAAACUAAAAACUCACUGUUAUAAAGAAGAAAAUCGAGCUGCUAAAUUGCAUGAAAAGAAAGAUAAUUCGACCGCUGAAAACGCAAUGGAUGCCAAAACGAGUCUGAUGCUUAUGAAAUUUGUCGACAAUGGGACUCUAGAUAGUGUAGGUGGCUGUAUAAGCACGGGAAAAGAGGCGAAUAUAUAUCACGCAUUUGGAGGGCCAGGAAACGAGAGAAUUUCAGAUAUCCCCGAGGAAGUUGCUCUUAAGAUCCACAAAACAACUUUGAAUGAGUUCAAAUCCCGAGAUCAAUACAUCGCAGACGACUACCGGUUCAAGAAACACUACACGAAGCAGAACUCGAGAAAAAUUGUAGAGCAAUGGGCGCUUAAAGAGUAUCUAAAUCUAGAGAAGAUGAAAAGAAAUGGAAUCAAAUGUCCGAAAGUGGUGAAAGUGAAGAAAAAUGUUUUGAUCAUGGAAUUUCUGGGAGAGGGAGGGUUUCCAGCUCCUAAUUUGAAAGAAGCAUCUCUAAAUUCCGACGACUAUUUGGUAGCGUUUGAACAAUCAGUACAGUGCAUUAAAGACCUUUAUAGAAAGUGCAAACUGGUUCAUGCGGACUUGAGUGAAUACAAUUUGUUGUGGAUCAGCUCGAAAAUACACGUGAUCGACGUCAGCCAAUCUGUUGAUAUAGCACACCCAAAAGCGCACCAAUUUCUUUUGCGAGAUUGUAAAAAUAUUACUUCAUUUUUCUCGAAGUUGUUGCCAAGUGGAUCGGUUCCGAAAGACUACGAGUUGUUCAAUUUGGUCACGGGUCAGAGAUUGGAAUCCGGUGAAGACUUGGAGCUAUUGGCUCAAAUCGACGCUUUUGAGAGCAACCAAGAACUGCUCACAUAUCAAAUGACAAGGAGCAGUUUUCCAUUUGACUAUAUGUACGACAAAACUGCUCUCAGGUUUACAUGGAUGCCUUGUGACAAAAGUAAUUUCAACAGCGCAGAACUAAAGAAGACCAAUUUACAAAUUAAACAAUGUUUCAAAGCGUAAAAUUGAAUUUGAAACGCAUUUUCGUCCAUAAAUGUGAAUUGGUUUGGUAAAUUUAAUCAAUUUAUAACUUUUA